AGAAUCGACUCCGAAGCUUUGAAGCCCACACUCGAUUCCCAGUGACUGGAAGUGGAGAAUCGACUCCGAAGUUUUGAAGCCCACACUCGAUUCCCAGUGACUGGAAACGGAGAAUCGACUCCGAAGUUUUGAAGCCCACACUCGAUUCCCAGUGACUGGAAGUGGAGAAUCGACUCCGAAGCUUUGAAGCCCACGCUCGAUUCCCAGUGACUGGAAGUGGAGAAUCGACUCAUUGCGUUCGGCUCCUGUCCCUAAGUAACCGAAAACGAACAACACCCGGCUCUGAGUGGAGGAUGUUUUCUGCUGCCUAUGAAUAAAACAGUACUGUUUCCGAGACAAUCUUUAUAUCUAUUGCUCUGGAAGGUAUAAACCUGUUUCCAAACCCCGUUCUCUGUUUAAGGUGGUAGCUGGCUGAUCAUCUGUAGCUUGACUUGCUUUAAUGCGGUAGUGUCUGAGAGCUAGCAUUAGCAUAGUAGCUUGCUAAUGUAUUAGCAUGUUGGGUUAGCGGGUUUAGAGGAGUCUUAUUUAUAUAGAAAUUUAUCCUCCAUCCAGACCGUAACCAUGUCCACAGAGGAGCUGCUGUCAGUAGAUUAUGAAGUAUAUGGGAAGGUCCAGGGAGUGUUUUUUCGAAAAUAUACUCAGUCUGAGGGGAAGAAGUUGGGUUUGGUUGGCUGGGUGCAGAACACUUCGGCUGGAACGGUACAAGGUCAGCUCCAAGGUCCUGCAUCUAAAGUCAGACAGAUGCAGGAGUGGCUCAAGACCACAGGCAGUCCACAGUCCCGGAUCAUAAAAGCUGAUUUCAGUAAUGAGAAGAAAAUCGAGAGCAUGGACUUCAAGGAUUUCAGAGUUGUCCGCUAAUCAGUGGAGUAAACUAAUGGACUUGUGAAAUGAAUUCUAAUUUUAUUUAAAGAUGUUUAAGAUAAGCUAUUUGUCUGUUACACAAUAAAUACACUCCGAUGAUGAGAUAGGCUGUACCUGACAUGUGCAGUAAUAAAUCAUACACAUAACAUAAAAUGCA